CUGUCACCCUUCUCUUCGUCUCGUCUUUAAAGCCCUCGCCCCCUCUCCCUCGCCCCGUCUCCGCCUCCUCUCCUCUCUCUACACUCCAACCCACCACCGCCCGAGGGCAUAGCCCUCGCCUCUCCCUCCCCGGCGGUGUGCUGCUCGUUGCUCGUCCCUCCCGCGAACCGCCGCUGAAUCUCGCCGCUCUUCCGCUCCGGUUCAGAUUCUCUCGCUCCCGGUCUUUGGGGCGUCCGUUUCUCGUCCGAGAGGCCGGAGGGCUCCGCGCGCUCGGGACCGGGAGGCUUCACGCGGCUCAUGUGCACGGAGGCUAAGAUGGAGCCACUCGAUCUUGAAGACAAUGGUGACCACCAGCCUUCUUCAGAAGCUUUUCUUGCUUCAGAUGUGAUAUAUGAUGAUUCACCAGUAUGUACAUGCAUUGGAAGUGAGCACCAGGCAGAAAUCCCCAAUCUGGCCACAGAGGAUGAGCGUCGUGAGCUCAUGACUAGUUCACUUAAUGAUUCUACGUUACAUGGUUAUGGUUACCCUAUUGUGGUUGGGUUAGCUCUACCAAUUAUGUGGGCAUCACCAAGUGAAGUCAAUAAGAAGGAAGAGGAAUUAGAAAUGCAAAAAAAUUCAGAAAUUGAAGCAAGAGCCAGUAGCAGAGACGAGGAAAGUCAGGUGACCUCAAUUUGUCCAACCAGUAAUAACACAAGUAAAUGUGAUCCAACUUAUCAGGAUCCGCAUACAGUGGUGCCAGUAGUUCAGGUUGAAUCUGACAGUAAUCAAGCACAUGAUGAAAAAUUGGCUUCUUGCCCCCCUCAAGAAGGCGUCAACUUCACCAAUAAUCCAAUGAUGCAGCAAAGUGAAACCAGACAAUUAAAUCCACUGCCUUAUUCACCCAUUGCCCUUUGGAGUGAUCUUGAGGCAGAGCUGUUUCUCCUUGGGCUCUAUAUUUUUGGCAAAAAACUGAACCUGCUGAGCAGGUUUCUGGGUACUAAGAGUGUUGGUGAUGUACUGUCAUACUACUAUGGGAAGUUCUACCAAAGAGAUGCAUAUAAAAGAUGGUCGGACUGUAGAAAGGCAAAAACUAAGAGAAGCAUUCUUGGGGAACGCAUUUUUCAGGGAUCGAGACAGCAGGAGCUUAUAUCACACCUGAAAUCUAAAAUCCCUAAAGAAGCUCAUGAUUCAUUGAUCGAGGUUUUCAAAUCUUUCAGUCACAGCCAAACAUCUUUGGAGGAAUUUGUCUUCGCUCUGAAAUCCACUGUUGGAACAGAAGCUUUUGUGGAGGCAGUUGGGAUUGGUAAAGGGAAGCGUGAUUUGACUGGAUUUGUUAUGGACCCAUCUAAACCAAAUCAAGCUCUCUCUGUUCACCUCGACUUGCCUACAGGCAAAGAUUGUUCCUCACUUGCUUCAGAAGAUAUAAUCAAGUUCUUAACUGGUGAUUUCAGAAGAAGUAAGACAAGAUCAAAUGAUAUUUUUUGGGAAGCUGUCUGGCCUCGUUUGCUUGCAAAAGGGUGGCACUCAGAGCAACCAAAGGAUGUCAGCACAACUAAGAAUUGCCUUGUAUUUCUUGUGCCGGGUAUCAAAAAGUUCUCCAGAAGCAAACUCACUAAAGGCACUCAUUAUUUUGAUUCUGUCAGCGAUGUCCUUAGAAAGGUGGCAGCGGAUCCUGUUCUUCUUGAGUUGGAGGCUGAUGGAAUAGACAAUGGUUUAAUUGCUGAGAAAAAUGGUUGUAUGACAGAUAUGAAACUGAACCAAGAUAGUCCUUUAGAUGGAUAUCAGGAGCUUCCGAAGUUCACAAUAAUUGAUACUAGCUUAGUCGAAGGGGAAGAGCCCUUCAAAGUGAGGGAGCUGAGGAGCUUACCUGCAGAUGCAAAUAUUACUUUUGGCCUUACACAUCAUUCAUCUAAUAUGGUGAGUGAGAGUUCCUCAGAGGAGCAAGAUGCCAGUGAUAGGUUAUCAGAUGACCUGGGAAAUUGUGGGCGAGUUACAGCUGAUGUAAAGGACAUUGAAAUGGUUUCAGUGGAUUCAUUGCAAAACAUGGUGACUGCUAAUGGUCAUUCUUCGAAUGGCAAUGAUGACAAAAUUGAUUUGACAAGUAUCUAUGGCCUCAAAACAAAAACUGAAAGGCACAAGUAUUUAUCCCCAGUGUCAAAGCGCAGAAGAUUAACUAGCUGUAGUAAUGAACAGACCAGUCGACGCCGAUUAGCUAGUUGUAGUAAUGAGCAAACCAGCCGACACGGCUUUUCUUUCUCGAAAGGUGGUGGUUUAGAGAAAGAGAAAAGCAAGCCGCUAUCAACUUCAUCAAAACCAACUGCUGUUGAUGUCGGUGACACUUCCCAUACCAAAACAAUUGCAGGCUGUUCAACGAAGGGGAAGCCAUCUGAGCAGAAAAUGGACGCAUUGGACUCUCUUACCAAUGAUGGACCAAAUGAGAAAAUGAGUAUGGCAAACUUAAUUGAGGAUAAGUCAUUUGAGUGCAAGGUAGAUGCAGUGGCUGAAGUUCACUCAAAGAACACUGUUGAUGAGACAAAGUUUGCCAAAGAAAGUGCUCAGGUUAGUGGUCUGAUUAACUCAAAUAAGCUGGAAACACCACACAAUGAUAAGGCUGGCGGAAGCAUAUGCUUCACGUCAUCAGAAAAUCAUGGUGGCAUGAAGGCUGAGGAAGCUCCCUCCAUUUCAAACAGCAACAUGGCUUGUGAUCCUUCGGAGGCAACAGGAAGACCUGUUAGCCAACAACCUGAGGCUGCUUUGCAGGCGAAUCCUCGGAGGCACGGAACCAGAAACAGGCCUCCCACUGCAAAAGCUUUAGAAGCUGUUGCUUUUGGACUUCUUGGAAGUGGGAAGCGGAAGGGUGAUCCAAAGAACACGGUGACAAACGGGCCUUCUCAGUGGGCUCGCAAAUCCACUGAACACUUGGUUUCUAUGGCUGCCAGCGGUGAUGCAGAGAAGUCCAGCAUGAAUGCAAAAUCGCAACGAUGAGCGGGUUUUAUGCAUUGAUUGGCUGCACUAACAACCAGCGGGGCACCAAGUCGACGUGUGUGGGUGAUGAAUAUCAAGCAAACUAUAUAAGGCCUCCAACUGAAGUUGUCUUCAGCUGCUGAUGCACCUUACCAUUGUCUAAUGUUGACCAUGCAGGAGGGCCUGAAGACGAUGGUCUUACAGGUGCAUGAUCACCUUUUGUGUGAGACUCAUCCUUACUUUUUCGUUUAGUUCAUAGAGUCAUGUGCCUGUCAAGGCUUGCAAAACCAUAUUGGCAAAUUCAGUUAUGAGCUUACCGAGACUAAUCUUUUCGUGGACCGGUCGAUCGACAUCCCAAGGGUAGCAUCAGAUCUUGGGCGCAUUCAUCUAUAUGAUAUUUUUGCAGAUCGGGUUUGUUCAUCGGUUUCAUAAGUAACUCUGAUGUAUGACAUGCUGUUGUAUGCAUGUUAAGCA